AUGUAUCGAGGUGCCGUACCGCCGCACGACCCGUCAUCGACCGCUUCAGGGCAUGCCAUCUCGGGUCCUGAACGACAUCGAACGUUGGAGCAAGGUACCCCUCUCCAUUCGCGAAAUGCCGCAGUGCACCCGGACACCAGCUACGAAGAUACUCCGCUACUUGCUGGGCCGAGUGCACUGGCGAGCGAGGGGCAGGCUUCUGGUACACGCCGGACGGAGGAAGGGUAUUCGUCCAGAGCAGGAGUGAAGCGCAAGCAGAAGUACAAGCGAACGAGGGCAGGAUGUCUGUGCUGUAGAAAGAGGCGGAUCAAGUGCGACGAGAGCAGACCGACCUGCAAGAAAUGUGUGAUUGCUAAGCGAGAGUGCGAGUUCGAGACGGACGAGCCGGCAUCGAGGGACUCGGACCCACAGGGCAGCUCGGAAGGCGGGAGCGGAGCCGAAGAGACCAGUCCGCCCAAGAAGCACAGGACGACAGAAGGCAGAGAAGACCCGGGAUCAAGGAAGAGCAAGAAGCUGAUCAAGACCAGCAUCCUCGGCCUCGAAAACAUGCUGGCGCCACACAAUAGCAUGCCGGGCACCUUCGGACAGGGCACGAUCGACACGGGCGACUUUAUAUGGGACGAGACAUUCGUGGCUGGAUAUGAAGAUCCAGCGAAAGAGGCCGACGUCGGCGAUCAUGGAACGGUGGAUAGCUUUGCGGCAUCGAACGAUAUGGGGCAGGUCUCUCAGGCGUGGGGAGAUGCUGGGGCUCCCAGAUUAGUAUCACCAGAUUUCCUUCUCCCCUGGUUCCCUACCUCUGAAGAACGCAGUCUCAUCCUUCACUACUGCGCCAACGCCGCCGACCUCAUGAUGGCCAUCCCCUCCGGCCUCAAUCCCAUGCUCGCCAUCAAUCUUCCCCUUGCACUCGACUCCCCGCGAGGCACCAACUCCGCCUCGGACGCUCUGCGUGUCGCCCUCCUCGGCAUCGCAGCGGUGCACCAGGCCUUCCUCCUCGCUCGUUCUGGCGUAUCUCCGUCACAGACCGCCGGGAUCUUCCAGUACGCGGCAGGACUGAGAAAUACGGGGAAAGCGCUGGUCAGAGUCGCAGCUGCGGACCCGGUCGCCUCGCGCUCUGAUGCGGCGCUAGGAGCGGCGACGAGUCUGGCGUUGAUUGAUAUGCUGUUUGGGGGCGGGGACUGGCAGGAUAAUUUUAACCUUGCGAGGGCGAUGAUUAUCGCUCGAGGCGGUCCUGCCGAGAUGCUCAACACCAGCCUCCCCACCGCCCUCGCCGACGGCGUCACCGUCUCCGCCGCCCGCCUCAACCUCGAGGUACUGGCGAUAUACGAAACCAUGGGCUGCCUGACGACAGGCCAAGAGCCUCUUCUGAUCUCGGACCGGUGGGCGAACUGGUGGUUCGGCUCGAGCCGGUCGACAUACGAGGAACACUCGGUGGAGAAGCAAUUCGGAAUGAGCCGGAAGAUGGUCCAUCUCUUUGCGAGGUUGACGAGGUUGUUGAGUCGGGUGCAGAGUGCGAUGAGCGGGGGUUGGGGGACGAUGAGUGGCAAAAAGGCAGAGUCGGAGAUGGAGGCGGGCAAGAUGAAUGCGGAUGUGGACGCGUGGAUUGAGAGUCUGCAGAUUACGACGCUGGAGCAUGAGCGGGUACAGGUGGGGAACAGGGCGUAUGCGCACGCGAUGAAGAUUCUCCUGCUGCGAAACGUGUACAUUGUACCUCGGACCGAUAUUCGCGUUCAGACCGCAGCGACUGAAGUACUGCGGCACUGCUCUACCUCUACCGCCCUCCUCGGGAUGUCUAUCGAUCUUACAUGGCCGACCAUCAUCGCCGCCUCCUGCGUCGAAGGCGAUGCCCGACAAUGGGUCUUGACCCUCUUCGAAGGCUUCAAGGCGCAGUGCUGCUUCGAUAUAGAGACGGCAGUACGGAUCGUACGGGAAGUGUGGGUCAGGGUGGAUACCAGGGCGGGCAGGGAUGAUUGGAGGGAUGUGUGCGAGGAUCUGAACCUGAGGGUGCUGUGA